CUGGAAAGGGCGUAUGUAGUUAAGAUUUAUAAGGACAUAUUGAAAUCAUUGUAUUAGAUGAUUAUCUUGUUUUCAUUAAAGUCAUCAAAAAUGUUGGUGAUAUUAUGUUUGGUAAGCCUUGCAGUUUACGUCAAGCCUGCGCCCAAGCAAAGUUACAAAUGGUCAGACUGGGAAUCGUGGUCAGAUUGUAAUAGAAAUACUCUUAAAAGCACGCUUGCUGUGCGGAGAAGAUAUUGUCUCGAUGAACGGGAAAUCAGAGUUGACGACAAGAAAUGCGCAAGAGCUGACAGUGAAUGCAGAAACCAUCAGAUUGACUGGGAACAUUGCUCGAAAAAAGGUCAAAAUCCAAUGGAGCCAAUGUGGUCUGAAUGGGAAGAAUGGACCGGGUGUAGCAAAGAUGUCUGUGUCCCUGCUAGGAGAGUCAGAAAAUGUAUGGAUCAGAACGGAUUAAUUCAAGAGAGCUGGCGUUGUGGUGGAGGGGAUACCAUAGAAACUGAUGUAUUCCAUUGCGAUAUCUGUAAAGGUAUAUCUCGACAAGAAUUUUAUCAAGAUCAGAGAAAAAAGAAACUAUCUGACAAGCGGCGUAAAGAAAUGACGGGAUCGAAAUAUCCUGUUAAAGAUCGUGGCGCCCUCUCGUGGGUAGUGACUCUAUCAUAUAUCAGAGAGAAUAAGAGACAACACUUUUGCAGUGGUAUAAUCCUCAGUAGUACGUGGAUAAUGACCGCCGGUCAUUGUAUAUGCGAAGCCAACAGUGAUAAUGUAAAGGGCAAAGACAAAGAUAAAUGUUGCCAAGAUGGUGGCAGUUGCAAUUCAAUUGAUACAAGUGAUUGGAAAAUCACUGCAGGUGUUACGGAUCUUAAGAAUAUCGACAAGGAAGGACAAACACGAAGUGUGUCAACAAUUGUGGUUCAUGAAGACUACAACAACCGACUUGACGUCAUUGAAAUGGAUGUGGCGUUAAUAAAGUUAGAUCAAGCGUUCGAUUUCGAUAUUGUUACCGUGCAGCCGUGCUUGCUUCCAGCGAGACGGUGUGUUACUGGUUAUUCGCGUGAAUCCUGUGUUCUCCAUUCUACAUGGGGUAGAAACCAAGAAUGUAAAGCAUCUGGAUGGAAUAUUUACAAAUCCAUUGCACAAAGGGUAUCAUUGUGGGUUGAAAAAUCUAGGGACAAUGAUACUAUUACAGUUUCAAGAACACCGGGAAAUAGCCCUGAUCGAGUAUGCGAGGGGUUUAGUGGAGGUCCUUUAAGCUGCACAAAAGAUGAAAGUGGGCAAUAUAGAGAUGACAAAGUUCUUGAGAUACCUCCCCAAUCUGAUGUUGUGAUUGGUAUCAAUAGUUUAAUAACAUUGAGUGGCUGUAUGAAACAUGACUUACCGGAUGUUUUGCAUUUCUCACUUUUCAUCAAUCAAACGAUAUCUUGGAUUGCAGACAAAAUUAUUUCAUGGGGAGAGUGGGGCGCAUGUUCCCUUACUAAAGACGGCAUGGGGAAGACAAGAAUACGAUCUGGCUAUUUCUUGGAGUUUGGAUAUUUUCCAAAUGAUGGUCCAUUAUACCAAUCCUACACUGGAGUUGAUAUUGAAGAGGAUUACGAUAAUUGUGAAGACCCGUGUUUUGCUGAACCCUGCAAGAAUAGUGGGACUUGUCAAGCCCAGGGAAUACGUUACGAGUGCAUAUGUGCAACUGGCUAUAGUGGUAAAACAUGCGAAUCACGAGAUAUAUGCCAAACAAAUCCUUGUAAAAAUGGUGGGAAAUGUACGGCCUUCAGGAACGGUUUCAAAUGCGCAUGCCCGUCUGGGUACAGCGGUACAACAUGUAAUAUACGAGACAGAUGUAAACCAAAUCCCUGUAAAAAUGGCGGGAAAUGUAAAGCCUCGAAAAAAUGGUUCAAAUGCAUAUGUGAGUCUGGAUACAGGGGUAACACAUGUGAAACAAGAGAUGGGUACAAUUCUCCAAACAUUGUACUAAUUAUUACCGACAGUUUAGGGUACAACGAUAUUGGUUUUAGAAACCCUAAAUUCGUAACUCCAGUUAUCGACAAUUUGUCAAAGGAAGGGAUUCGAUUGGAUAAUUACUAUGUGGACACGUUGUCAACGGCAUUUAGAGCAAGUCUAAUGACCGGAAAAUAUCACGCGAAAACUGGAGCAAUGGCAGAAAUACCGUUAUCAACAGACCAUUGUAUACCAAAAUUUGGACUCAACCUCCCGGAAAGACUUCAACGGGCUGGAUAUUCUACCUAUUUUAUAGGAAAAUGGCAUAUGGGCUAUUCGAGGCCCUCGUGUCUGCCUCGAAACAGAGGAUUUGACUACUUCUAUGGGAGUUAUGUUGGUUGGAAAGGUCACACCACCCAUAAAAGAAAGGAAUGUGUCAGAAGGGGAAAUGCAACUACAAUAGGAAAACCAUGCUGCUUGAGGAAAAUAGCGUCCUUCGGAGACUGUGUAUAUAAAUGUUGGUCUAACUACAUAGGAAUUGACCUUGUUGAAAAUGAAACCCCAGUGGUCGAUGCUGAUGGGGAAUUUGGAAAUGAUCUGUUGACACGAAAGGCAAUAGAGAAGAUUGGAAAGCACAGUAAUAAAAAGAAAAUGUUCCUUACCGUUGCAUAUAUCAAUCAGUUUGUGAACCCACCAAGAGAGUAUCUGGAUAAAAUAACGAAAAUCCCCGAAGGAAGAUUAGGCGUAAAUGAGAGCCCAAGGAGAGGCGUUGCAGCAAUGGUGAAUUCAGUGGACACAGGAAUUGGUCGAAUAAUCCAGAAGUUACGAGAUACCGGUCUCUGGGAGAACACAGUCCUUGUGGUAACAUCCGAUAAAGGGGGAAACGAAAAUUCCAACAACAAUUGGCCUUUAAGAGGGAGCAAGUUUAACUAUUUUGAAGGCGGAAUAAGAGGACUUGGUAUCGUUGCUGGUCCAAUUACAUUUAAAGCCAAGACCUAUAACGAAUCGAACUCUCAGCUCUACCAUGUGUCAGAUUGGUAUAAGACAUUCCUUAAUCUCGCAAGGGCACCUAUAGGUGGAUCUGGCGAAGACUCUCACGACAUUUGGUCGUCUAUCUGUACUUACAUAGAUAGUCCGAGGAAAGAAAUCUUACACAGUUUAAACGUGGAGAUGCCAAAACUAGGAAAACCCCUCUAUAAAAACACCUUUGACAGUUCAAUUCAGGCUGUACUGAGAAUGGACAAUUUCAAGUUGUUCACAGGGAGGACCAAAGUGGGAGGUUUUACUGGUUGGACCGCCCCGGCCGAGUACCCCAAUCUUGUCACGAUUGAACCAAACCCUGAUGACGUCAGCAAUAUACAUUUAUACAAUAUCAAGGACGAUCCAACUGAGAAGAAGGACUUGAGUGCAGCUAACCCGUCACAGGUCAAAGUAAUGUUAGAUCGAUUGAAGGAGCUCCAAAAUGGCACCAUAAGGGAACCACACCCUUGUCCUGAUCCCAAAGGAAAACCUAAACCCGUGAAAAUAAAUGCACGCGAAAGUGUUGACGCAUGGUUACCUUGGUUAUAAAUAAACAAAAAUAAAUAAAUAAAUAAAUAAAUAAAAGAACAUUCGCAUGGAGAA